AAAAAAAAAAAAGCCCAGACAAAUGUAGAGUCCCUAUUACCGUGCCUCUUGGUGAUCUUCUUUGUCCCCUCCCCUCCCCUCCCGAAUGGAAUCGCUACAAAGCCGAGUGGAGUCAUGGCUGAGGGGUUGGGAGAAGCGAGCCAAGCUCUGGAAGGUGUCCGGGGGCCCACUCCAGUGGAGGAUGAGGUGGCCUCGGAUUCUCAACGACGGCUACAGGGAGCAGCGGAAGAGGAUCCACGAGGAGUACGAGCGUCGCCGGAAGCAGCUCCACGAUCUCUGCGCCGCCGUCAAGGCUGACUCCAUCUCCGACUUGCAGGACAUAUUCUGCUGCAUGGUGCUUUCAGAGUGCGUCUAUAAGAUACCUGCUUCGGACUUGGUUCGCGCGGUGAACAGAUUCAAGGCUGACUUUGGAGGACAGAUUGUUGCGCUGGAGCGUGAUCAGCCUUUUUCUGAUCACGUUCCUCACAGUUACUUGUUGGCGGAAGCAGGUGAUACAUUGUUUGCUUCCUUCAUUAGAACUAAGCAGUACAACGAUGUGAUGACCGAUGCAAACAUACUGCAAGGUGCUAUAUUUCAUGAGGAUCCUGUGGAGGAUACUGAUGGGACUAAUCCACCUGGAAGUCGUAAGGGAAAUGGAGGAUACUGCUACUUCUACCUCCGAAUAUGAUUUAAAGGAUUUUAAAUACAUUGACUUCUAAUCAGCUAUAGUUAAAGAGAUUUGAUAGUGUGAAUAAUAUGUGAUAUCUG